AUGGCGGCCAAUGAACAACCAGCCGGAGUUCCUCCAGUAGUUCCUGCUAUAAUAUCCUUUCAAUUAACUGGAAUUGAGAAUUAUUCACUGUGGUUUCGAUCUAUGAGGAUGGCAUUAUUAGGAAGAAAUAAGUUGGGGUUGGUAGAUGGUACAUGCACUAAAGAAAACUUCCCAGAAAAUCUAUGGAAUCACUGGGAAAGGGUUAACGCAAUUGUGCUUUCUUGGUUAAUGAAUUCUGUGAGUAAUGGUUUACUUGGUGGAAUAAUGUAUGCUUCAAGUGCAAAAGCUGUGUGGGAUGAUUUACAUGAAAGGUUUGACAAGGUGGAUGGAUCAAGAUCAUACAAUUUGCAUAAAGAAAACACUACUCUUAGUCAAGGAACAAAUUCUUUUUCGAUUUAUUUCUCAAAAUUGAACGAUUUGUGGGAGGAAUUUGAGGCACUGGUCCCUGCACCUGGGUGUGACUGCCCAAGGUCAAGGGAAUAUGUUGUGCAUCUGCAGAAACUGAAGCUAUUUCAGUUCUUAAUGGGCCUGAACGUGUCAUAUAGUCAAGCUAGGGGCCAGAUUCUACUCAUGAAUCCAAUGCCCAGAGUCAAUCAGGCAUAUGCUAUGGUGAUUAGUGAUGAGAGUCAAAAGUCAGUAGCAGCAAAUGCUGGAGUACUAGGAGCUAAUCCAACUUCUGCAAUCAACCAAUUUGAUAUGGCAAUGUAUACCAAAACUGGAGGCAAUUAUCAGAAAUUCAAGAAAAAUUUCAAUCUAUUCUGUGAUGUGUGCAAAAUGAAGGGACACACUAAAGAAAGCUGCUACAGAGUUAUAGGAUAUCCUCCAGAAUAUAGACCAAGAAAAAGGAAUACAAACACACAUAGUGCUUACAAUGUGCUAUCUGAUAUGGAGUUACAGGGAAAUCAAUCUUCUAGAGGAAAUUGGAAUGAGAAGUGUGUACAAAACUCUCAAUUAACAAAUAAUGGUGUGAGUGCUAACACUUCCCAAGGCUGUAAUCUAAUGACAAACACACCUUGGAUGGGAAACUGCACCUUCACAAAGGAACAAUAUGAACACAUAGUGCAAUUGCUGAACAAAGAUCAUACAAGUGCAGCAUCUACUACAGCAACACCAUCAGCUAAUGCUGUAGGUAUUCCCUGUGCCCUUUUAGCCUCUAAAAGCUUACAUGAAUGGAUAAUAGACACAGGAGCCACAAACCAUAUGGUAGCAGAUAUAGAACUACUAAAUAAAGUGUCUCUAAUGCAAACAAAUCAAACUAAGAAAGUGCAUCUACCUAAUGGAGAAACUACUCAAGGCACACAUAUUGGAACAAGUACAUUGACUGAUCAAGACACCAUAACUAAUGUAUUUUACAUUCCACAGUUCAAAUAUAACCAAUUAUCUGUCUCAAAGCUAACUAAGAAAUUGAAAUGCUCAGUUGCUUUCUUCCCUGAUUUUUGUAUAUUUCAGGAACUCUUCAGUGGGAGGGUGAAAGCGAUUGGUAAAGAAGACAGUGGUUUAUACAUACUCAGUAGACAAAAAAUAUCAGAAAAUAAUGCAUUUACUCUAAAUAGUAAUGAGACAGAAAUCAAUAAAGAAGUUAGUCCAACUGAUAUUGAACUUUGGCAUAGAAGGCUUGGACAUGUAUCUGCUAGUAUUCUCAAGAAAUUAUUCCCUACUAAUACAACAGACAUUUCUACUAGAAUAGAUCUAUGUACUACAUGCCCCUGUGCAAAGCAAACAAGGCAGUCUUUUCCUAUUAGUAGUAUAAAAACAGUUGCUAGAUUUGAGUUAGUUCACAUGGAUGUAUGGGGUCCUUACAAAAUUCCUACUGUGAAUGGAAAUAAAUUUUUUCUGACAGUUGUAGAUGAUUUUUCUAGAAAGACAUGGAUUUUCUUACUGAAAUUGAAGUCUGAUAAACGCGAUCGCAUUUUGCAUCGCACAUUCAUCCUUCAGCAGCCUUCAUGGUUGGUUUGUGGUUCACUUUGCGGCUCGCAGACAGGUUCUGCGGUCGCAUAG